AUGGCAACUCCACGAGAAACAGCUGUUCAGAGUUAUGCUCGUACCCUGAUAUCGGCCAGUCAUAUAUUGCACCUUCACAACGUUUUGGACGCGUAUGGUCGUGUUUCUGUGCGCCAUCCUACCAAGCCGGGCAUCUUCGUCAUGCCACGCAACAUUGCUCCGGGCACACUUUCGUCGGAAAGUGAUCUUGUAGAGUACUACAUCUCGGAUUCAUCGCCUGUUACGGAACCCUCUCCAGCAGGCUAUGCAGAGCGCUGUAUCCAUAGUGAGAUACACAAGAAGUUUGACGUUGUCAACAGUAGAAGUCAAUUUUGUAGGAAUCGCUCUUCUUCAGUGGUUGAGGUUUGGUCGCGAUCGUAA